GUGUGGGGAGGAGGCGCCCGCUGCGGUGUCCCCAGGUUUAAAAUCCAGAGGCGGGGGGCGGGCGCGGUGGCUCACGCCUGUAAGCCCAGCACUUCGGGAGGUACUCGGGAGGCUGAGGCAGAAUUGCUUGAACCCAGGAGGCGGAGGUUGCAGUGAGCCGAGAUCGCGCCAUUGCACUCCAGCCUGGGUAACAAGAGCGAAACUCCAUCUCAAAAAAAAAAAAAAAAGUCCAGAGCGAGCAAGAAGACGACCAAGGGGUGAGGAGCGCCUUAGCAGACUGGCCCCGGGCGAACUCUCCCUCCCCUCAGGGCGAGGCGUGGGGCGGGACCGUCGGGGCGGGACAGGGGCGGAGCCUCGCGGCCGCAGUUCCACCCCGUCCCCCACGUCACGCGGCUGGAAUGAGGGGAAUCCGCGCGCUCAGGGGCCGCGCUGCCGCAUUCCCCGGAUGCCCGCUGGCGCCCCCGCAGCCACCGCCCGGCGGCGGAAGGAAGGGGCGUCUCCACGGCGGCUCCAGCCCCGGCAGCCCCCGCUGGCCUCGCCUCACUGGAUGUUGGAAGCGCGAGUCGCGGCCGGGGAGGGAAGCGUGGAACCCGGGAGUGAAAGACGCCGCGACCGAGGCUGCAGCGCGACGCUUCCCGCAUUCCCUGCGCUUUCUCAGGUCACUCCCUUCAGUCACCCCAGCCAAGCCAUGAGGUCUGUAUUAUCACUCCAAUGGAGAAGAGAACACUGAGGCAGGCGACUUGUGCCAUCCCAGUCUCAGGAGUGGGAUUGGAACCCGGGAACUCGGACACCUUCCUGCAGGGCUGCCCGGAGCCUCUCUGUACGGUUGCCAGGGCUACUGGGGCUGUGACCUUCAGUAACAGCACAGGCCCCAGUCGGUUCUGUUAAGUCACCUGUAGGCCUUACGGGUAGUAGCUAGGGAGUGGGCCCGGGCCUUUGGCUCCCUGCAGGCGAGGGUGCAGCCACGGCCCCGGUGACCUAGGAGCCUUCUCCCCGAAGGCUGCCUCUGGGUCUCCUCCCACCUGGGGAGGUGUUUACUGGAACCGCAGGGGAUGGGCUAUAUCUAGUGACCUUCAGCUCAUAUAGGCCAGCGGGGGCCCACAAGCCUUACUGCUGGGGACAGCAGGAACCUCAAAUGUUCCCCCAGUCUAGGGACCACACAGAUCUUGCCCUGGGGUGGGGUGUUGGGGGCUGGGAGGGGGUGUCAUCUGAGCACCCGGGACUGCUGCUAUAAACCCAUGUCCAGAGCCCCCAGGUGGUACAAAGACAACCUCAGCCUGUCUCACGCUGGUACAGCGUGGGCACAGAGCAGGGACUCAACAUCUGUUUAUCAAACGAAUCUUAGAUGGGCCUUCCUGCCCACCAAAGACCGUUUCAGGCCUCAGGGAACUGUUGUGAAGGGAAAUGGGGAGAAAGUGGCGACUCAGGGUCCCGAUGGCUCAGACUGCCUCAGUCAGCGCUGUCCUCUCUAGCUACACAACCAGCAAACGUGAACAGAGGCAAGGUGCAAUGAGUGGCUCAUGCCUGUAAACCUAGAACUUUGAGAGGCUGAGGCAGGAGGAUCGUUUGAGGACAAGAGUUCAAGACCAGCCUGGGCUAUGUCCUGAGACUCCUGCCUACCAAAGAGUUUUUUUUUUUGAGACAGAGUUUCGCUCUUGUUACCCAGGCUGGAGUGCAAUGGCUCGAUCUUGGCUCACCGCAACCUCCGCCUCCUGGGUUCAAGCAAUUCUCCUGCCUCAGCCUCCCGAGUAGCUGGGACUACAGGCGCGUGCCACCAUGCCCAGCUAAUUUUUGUAUUUUUAGUGGAGACGGGGUUUCACGAUGUUGACCAGGAUGGUCUUGAUCUCAUGACCUCGUGAUCCACCCGCCUCGGCCUCCCAAAGUGCUGGGAUUAUAGGCGUGAGCCUGGCCCCAAAAAGUUUUUUAAAAAUUAGCUAGGCAUGGUGCAGUGUGCCUGUGGUCCCAGCUACUCAGGAGGCUAAGGUGGGAGGAUCCGUUGAGCCCAGGAGGUUGAGGCUGCAGUAAGCCCUGAUGGUGCUAUUGCACUCCAGCCUGGGUGCCCCAGAAGACCCUGUGUCAAAAAAAAAAAAAAAAAAAAAAAAAAAAAAAAAAAAGGCCAGGCAAGGUGGUUGAUGCCUGUAAUUCCAGCACUUUGGGAGGCCAAGGCAGGAGGAUCAUGAGGUGAGGAGUUGGAGACCAGCCUGACCAACAUGGUGAAACCCCAUCUCUACUAAAAAUACAAAAAAUAGCCAAGCAUGGUGGCAGGCGCCUGUAAUCCCAGCUGCUUGUGAGGCUGAGGCAGGAGAAUCGCUCGAACCUGGGAGGUGGAGGUUGCAGUGAGCCGAGAUCGCAACACUGCACUCCAGCCUGGGGAACAAGAGCGAAACUCCUUCUCAAAAAAAUAAAAUAAAAUAAAAAGCAAUAAACCCAUAACACCUUAACAUAAAUUUGUAGGGGAAAAAAAAAGUAAACGACCCAGGCGAGGUGGCUCACACCUGUCAUCCCAGCACUUUGGGAGGCUGAGGUGGAAGGAUCACUUGAGGUCAGGAGUUCAAGACUCGCCUGGCCAACACAGUGAAACCCCAUCUCAACUAAAAAUACAAAAAAAUUAGUGGGCUGUGGUGGUGAAUGCUUGUAAUCCCAACUGCUUGGGAGGGUGAGAUAGGAGAAUCGCUUGAACCUAGGAGGCAGAAGUUGCAGUGAGACGAGAUCGUGCCACUGCACUCCCGCCUGGGCAACAGAGCAAGACUCUGUCAAAAAAAAAAAAAAAAAAAAAGGAAACAGGGCUCCUGACCCCUAACCUGUACUCUCCCUGUUCAAUGUCGUUGUAGAGAGAAGGGCAGCACUUUCAGCUGGUCAUCACCGCCUGGGUUAACAGGCCUGCUCUCCACUCCACACACCAUGUGGCCACACCCCGCGAACGCCUCACCUCCAUCACUGCCCCUUUUCUGGCGGAGACGCUACCGUCUCCUAACUGAUCUCCUUGCCUUCCUACUACCAAACCAUUUCCCCUCGGGCAAUACAAAUCACAUCAACAUCCCCUGUUAAUAGAGUGAAGGUUUACAGGGCGCCCUCCAUGUCCCAGGCCCACGAUUCACAUCCGCUGCUUGUGAUCAGGACGUUGCCUAUGAACUCCCGAGACCCACCCCCACCCAAUGCUGUCCUCGGUUUACCCCACUGCUCCUGCAUUCCGGUGUGACAGGUGGCCCUCUCAGUCCCUUCUCUCCCCACCCGCCCCUCCCACCCACCACCUGCAGCCUGCCGGAGCGCGUCAGAGCCUGGACCCGCACCUGAGGCGCCCUCAGCCCCAGGCACUCCCCCCACACGCUGAGACUCGGCCCAGGUAUCGCCUCCUCCAGAGUUUCUUCCUGAUUCUCUCCGACGCGCGGCGCCUCCUUAUCGCACCCAGCAGGAAUCGACUGUUUCCUGGUGGGUCCCUCCCAGGAGGCUGCUGCCACCCCCUCCGCGCAGCGAGUCACCGAGCGGGGCUGGGUGACCCCUUCCUGGCCGCCUAGAUGAAUGAAUAAAUCUCAGGGCCCCGAGGGUGCACGGGAGGCCGGGGCGAGAGGAGCCGCUGGCGCGGUGGCCAGUCCCCUCCCGCCACUCUCGGGGUGCGCGGGGCCCCAGGGGCGGAGGACGGGAAGGGGCGGGGUUCAGGUCGCUCCUCCGGAACCAGAGGCAGGGCCGGGCUGCGUGCGGGGCCCGAAGGGCGCGCGGUCCUGGGUCCCGCCGCCCCGGCCGUUCUUCCCGGCUUCCCACCUCCACGGGUGCGCUGUCUUCACUCGGCUACGCCGGCGCUUCCGGGUCCCGGGGCCCCACCCGGGUCCACACGGCCGCUGUUCCGCCCCAGCGAUCGCGGCGGUGACCUCCGCUUCGCUCCGGGCCUGGCCCCCAAGGCACGCCCGCCGGCGGAGGCCUCACGGGUCCCGCACGCGCAGUCCCCGCGCCCCGAGUACUCACCGGCUCGGCUCUUACGGCGCGGGCGGGGGCCGGACUGGGCGGCGUGGCAGGCUCGGAAUCCGCGGCCCGGGCGCGCUCUCCCCGCCCAGGGCCCGCCGGGGGCCGGGCCGUGCGCCCUCCGGCCCCGCCCCGGCCCGGCAGCGUCCGCGAAACCUCGGUGCUAGCAGCCCCCGCCUCGGGCAGCUCCGGGCAGGCCCGUCCGGUCACGGCGAACACGCGCGCCCCAACCCCGCCGCGCUGCUGGGGCCGUGGGGGCGCCUGGCGUUCUCUCCCGGCCCUUUGCCUCUCCAGUCCCUUCCCCGCGGGCCGGGCCAGGGCCGCUGUCCCAGUUUCCACCUCCCACACCGUUCCCCUGGGCGGCCCCGGCUCUGUGGACCAGAGCGGAGCGGGGCAUGCACCGAGCCAGUCCCGCGUGCCUGGAGCUUUCCACGCCCGCCUCCUGCGAUCUCACAGCAGCCCUCAUUUGCCUUUGUGCCCAGCAUUCACAGUUGUGCCCACCUAGGUUCAGGGAGCUGGAGAAGAGUCAAGCACAGACCUCCACUUCCAAAAAUCGUGGUGCCCGUGGCCCUUCCAUCCUGACUCUUCCACUCACCCUGUCUGUUCAUUCCGUUCGGCCCCUCCCCACUGCUCACCUCUUGCGGGAGGGCUUUGCUUGAGAGGGGCUGCCAGGCCCCGGGGAGAUGCUACCACCCUCCGCCCAGCCCAGAGCACCCCAGCUUACAAGCUUGCAGGGCCUGUGGGGAUGAACCACGCGGAUGAUCUCCCCGGUGGGUAUCAGCUCCACUUGCAGCGCCAUUCCGCCCUCGGAGACCCGGCGCUGGGCACUGGGGCCUGUGAGUAAAUGCUGCCUGCCCCCUUGCUGGCUCCGCCUGCUCCAGGAGCCAGGAAUCUGUGUCUAACGCCGGGAUGGCCACUUGGUUCUGCUUCAACUGCAGCCCCAGGGGAUGUGGCUGGUCCAGCGCCUCAGUACACAGCUGGAGCCGUCCAGGUCUGAUUGGAGGCCUCUUGGCCCGGAUGGUUGGAGCAGGAAGAGGAGGGGCUGGGAUGGAGGAAAUUCCUGUUGUCCCAGGUAACCAGAGGAGCCGAUGCAGCCACCCAUGGGGGACCCUGGGUUCCAGGUCAAAGGGUAAGACGCCUUCCCCCUUUCCCCCAUCCCGCAGCAGCUCUCUGGCUGCCCCUCCUCCUGCCCACUCUCCAGUCCCAGCUAGAGAGCAGAGGGACCACUCCCCAAAGCAGGCCUCUCCUCCCCUAAGCCAAGAAGACCCCUCGGUGGGCACUGCCUUUCUUCACAUCCCGCAAUGGGGCCGCCUCCCACAGCAGGCGAGCCCCACCAUGAGUGUGAUGGGCGGGGGGGCUGGUCAUGCUGGGCAGAGGGGUUGUUCCGCUGUGAGGAAGUCCUGUUUUACCCUCCUCUGUACCUCAGAUGCUUGUGAGAUUCGUUCUUGGGUUCCUGGCUGUGGGUAACCUCUAGCCCUGGGCAUCCCCUGCCUUUCAACAGCACCCACAGGAGCCCCCCACCCCUGAUGUUCCUGUUCUUCUAUUUUCAUUGUUGCUAAAUCACAACAGACACUUUCCUGGCCUGAGACUGAGCCCUCAUCUCCAACCAUUCCUUAUAGGAAGUAGGAACGGGAAAGUGGAGAGGGGAAACAGGCCUUUCCAGAGAGGCUGGCACGGGCAGGGCUGGGUCCCUCGGGCCUGUGCUGGCCCUGACAGCCCCAGAGGCAGGGGCCUCCCCCAGCACCCUUCUCUCCCACAGCUUCUCCUGCCCCGGAAAGGCGAGCAAGCCCUCCUUCCUUCCUUCCUUCCUUCCUCCGGGAAGCACAUCCAUCCCGGGCAGGCUCAUCCCCGGUGGCCACACAAUGGCCCUUAUCGGCCUCAGAGCCAGGCGCAGACCCAACGCACACCAAGUCUCACAUAUUUCCUGUUUCCACCCAGCAGGUUGGGUGGACCCAGCAUGGCCAUAUCCUGACUGGGCCCAGGGGACGGAGAGCACUCACCUUCCCCCUUUGCCUCUCAACUACUGCUGGGCUCACCCCUCCCACAACAGGAGGGGCCGAAACAGGAGGCAGGGUGUGGGGACUCCAGUUCACAACCCGGGAGGGAAGCAGGCGGGGGUCCCUGGGGUCAAGGCUGGGGUGGCAUUGACCGAAUGGGGAGGCAGGUAUAGUGUGAUAUGCUUUCCGCAGCUGCUCUUCCGAAGUAACCUUGCGAAUAGGUGCAUCACCUGUACUUCACAGAUGACAGGCCCCUCUGCGGUGGGCUCAGGCCCAUGCCUGUGUUUCUGGUCCUGCAGGAAACCGCAGGAGCCUAUAACUCUUGAGAUCCGCCCCCUGUCUCCAGCUCUGGCUUUCCCGCCUGCCAGAUGAAGCGACACGACAGCUGUACGUGCAAGAGGAACAGAUGGUAGGCUGGAGGCAUGGGACUCGAACUACCAGCAGAAUCGAACCUGAAUCCUUCCCAGUUCUCUGUUUGGGCUCUGGAAGUCCCUGGGUGAGCCUCCAUGUGGUGGGUAGGGAGGAACACUGCUGGCUGCAGGGCCCUCAUCAGCCCGCUUACAGCCAUGGCGCAGGAGCUUGGCUGCAGGGGCCCCUCCAUCCUGCCCACUGAGUCAUACUGCUUUUGCUGAAAGCAGGAAUCCCAGACCCUCUGUUCACUCCUCCUGGGGACAAGCUGUGAGACGCCAGGACUCCUGGAAUCCAGCACUGCUGUCACCAGUCUAUGCAGCCUGUACAAAUGUGAGCAUCCCCCUCCCAGACAGCCCGAGGCCCAGGAUGACACGACAAGAAUUCAGACCUGUGCCAAAUGGGGCAUGUGCCUGGCAGGACUACUUGGGCCAGACUAGCAGAGGGGGUAGGAAUCCAGAAAUAAGAUCAGAACUGUCCCCAGGUCUACACUGUGGACAACUAGCUGGUCUCACUCACAUCUCAGCAAUAAAAACCUGUAUUUAAGUGGCUAA